AUGCGAAAAUACGGCGGAUUUCACAACAGCCUGCAGUGCAUGCCUGGUAACACAGUUACGUUUGCUACUGGUGCUACAGCCCCCUUCCCUGCUACAGCCCCCUUCCCUGCUACAGCCCCCUUCCCUGCUACAGCCCCCUUCCCUGCUACAGCCCCCUUCCCUGCUACAGCCCCCUUCCCUGCUACAGCCCCCUUCCCUGCUACAGCCCCCUUCCCUGCUACAGCCGCUCUGCCGGGCCCCUUUUUUGCAACAGCCCCCUGGCCUGCUGCAACCCCCUAUUUUGCUACAGCCCCCGGGUCUGCUACAGCACCCGGGCCUGCUGCAACCUCUUGUUUCGUAACAGCUUCCGGGCCUGCUACAGCCCCCUGCCUGCUGCAACCACCUGGACCUCUGCAGUCCCCUGGUCUGCUACAGCCCCCUGGUCUGCUACAGCCGCCGGGCCUGCUGCAACCUCUUGUUUCUUAUGAGCCUGCAUCAGCCCAGCCUGCAUCAGCCCAGCCUGCAUCAGCCCAGCCUGCAUCAGCCCAGCCUGUAUCAGCCCAGCCUGCAUCAGCCCAGCCUGCAUCAGCCCAGCCUGCAUCAGCCCAGCCUGCAUCAGCCCAGCCUGCAUCAGCCCAGCCUGUAUCAGCCCAGCCUGCAUCAGCCCAGCCUGCAUCAGCCCAGCCUGUAUCAGCCCAGCCUGUAUCAACCCAGCCUGCAUCAGCCCAGCCUGCAUCAGCCCAGCCUGUAUCAGCCCAGCCUGCAUCAGCCCAGAGUCAAGGGGCAGCCGCAGCACCGGGUAAUCUGACUGCUGGGGGCGGCUCACUGCCUGCUACAGCCCCCGGGCCUGCUACAGCCCCCGGGCCUGCUACAACCCCUGGGCCUGCUACAAUCCCCGGGCCUGCUACAGCCCCCUGGCACUCUGCAGUCCCUGCGUUGAUUACAUACACCCAGCCGACAAGUUAUGAGCCUGCAUCAGCCCAGCUUGUAUCAACCCAGCCUGUAUUAACCGAGCCUGUAUCAACCGAGCCUGUAUCAACCCAGGCUUUAUCAACCGAGCCUGCAUCAACCCAGCCUGCAUCAACCGAGCCUGCAUCAACCGAGCCUGCAUCAACCCAGCCUGCAUCAGCCCAGCCUGCAUCAGCCCAGCCUGCAUCAGCCCAGCCUGCAUCGGCCCAGCCUGUAUCAACCGAGCCUGUAUCAACCGAGCCUGCAUCAGCCCAGCCUGCAUCAAUCCAGCCUGUAUCAGCCCAGCCUGUAUCAACCCAGCCUGUAUCAGCCCAGCCUGUAUCAACCCAGCCUGUAUCAGCCCAGCCUGUAUCAGCCCAGCCUGCAUCAAUCCAGCCUGCAUCAGCCCAGCCUGCAUCAAUCCAGCCUGUAUCAGCCCAGCCUGUAUCAGCCCAGAGUCAAGGGGCAGCCGCAGCACCGGGUGAUUUGACUGCUGGGGGCGGCUCACCGGGUGGUAGGGGUGGUGGGACGGAGCAGAGAGAGCGAAUGGAAGGAAGUUAUGAGCCUGCAACAGCCCACGUAAAAAGCUCAGCAGCCCACGUGAAUAGCGCAGCAGGCACUGGUGGUGGUGAUGGUUUGACUGCUGGAACAGGCACGCUCCGUGGUUCGAGUGGUGGGAUGGAGCAGAGAGAGCGAAUGGAGGGAAGUUAUGAGCCUUCAGCAGCCCACGUAAAUCAGCCAGCAACCCCCGUGAAUAGCGCAGCAGCCCUCGUAAAUAGCGCAGCAGGCACUGGUGGUGGUGAUGGUUUGACUGCUGGGGGCGGCUCUCUGGGUGGUAGGGGUGGUGGGAUGGAGCAGAGAGAGCGAAUGGAAGGAAGCUAUGAACCCGCAGCAGCCCACAUAAAUAGCGCAGCAGCCCAAGAAAAUUGUGCAGCAGCCACUGGUGGUGGUGAUGGUUUGACUGCUGGAACAGGCAGGGGUUUGCAUGCAGGGGUUUCGGGCGAGAGGGUGGGCGAGAGGUUGAGUGCAGCCAUAGGUUCUGCUGUGAGGAAUGCGUGCGUUCAGUUUGAUGAGCUCACAAGAGAGUUGCUGGCGGAUGCUUAUUCGCGGUUUGAGAAGCUUUCGCAGCGACUGGCGGAGGAUGCUUCUGCUCAGUUUGAGCAGAUUGCGAGAGAGUUAAUGGACCAGCCGAGACGGCUAGAGGCGCAAGAGGAGAAGCGAUGA